AGUGGCAGCCCUUUAAACCCCUCACCCAGCCCCUGCCCCAUCCUGUCUGCCAAGCCCGGACUCGAGGCCAUACUCCCUGCUGCCAACUCUGAGGAAGCCCUGUGACUCUCUUGCAACAUGGCCAACAAGGGUCCUUCCUAUGGCAUGAGCCGUGAAGUACAAUCCAAAAUUGAAAAGAAGUAUGACGAGGAACUGGAGGAACGACUGGUGGAGUGGAUCAUAGUGCAGUGUGGCCCUGAUGUGGGUCGUCCAGAUCGUGGCCGCCUGGGUUUCCAGGUCUGGCUGAAGAAUGGCGUGAUUCUGAGCAAGUUGGUGAACAGCCUGUAUCCUGAUGGCUCCAAGCCAGUUAAGGUUCCAGAGAACCCACCCUCCAUGGUCUUCAAGCAGAUGGAGCAGGUGGCUCAGUUCCUGAAGGCAGCUGAAGACUAUGGGGUCACCAAGACUGACAUGUUCCAGACUGUUGAUCUCUUUGAAGGCAAAGACCUGGCAGCAGUGCAGAGAACUCUGAUGGCUCUGGGCAGCCUGGCAGUGACGAAGAAUGAUGGGCACUACCGUGGAGAUCCCAACUGGUUUAUGAAGAAAGCCCAGGAGCAUAAGAGGGAAUUCACAGAGAGCCAGCUGCAGGAGGGAAAGCAUGUCAUUGGCCUUCAGAUGGGCAGCAACAGAGGGGCCUCCCAGGCUGGCAUGACGGGCUACGGAAGACCUCGGCAGAUCAUCAGUUAGAAGGGGAGGGCCAGCCCGGAGCCCUGCUUGCCGGCCCGCUGGCUGCUGCCUUCCUGCUUAGCCUGCCUCACUCUCAGCUGUGUGCGUUCUUAGCGCUGUCCAGGUGUAAGGCUGUCACUGGGCAGAGGAGACUGCACAGUGGCAGCUCUUCACACCCCCCAGCCUCARCCCUAUUUCUUACCUCAAAGCACCACUGCCCUGGCCCCUUCUCCCAGCUGUACCCCCACCUCUACUGUCUCCCUGUCCUAGGCUGAGCAGGGGGACACGGGCUGGGAUAGUGUGGGUAUGGGGCAAGCUCAUUCUCCUCCUUGGCAGCAAGAGCCCAUUGAUGGAGACCCAGCCGGCUUUCCCCCAUCUUUUUCUGGAAUUUUCCUUUUGGGGUUAAAAUUCAAAAAGGAAAAAWAUAUAUAUACGUCCAUCUUUUCUCAGGCCUGUCUGGCAGA